AUGGUCUCAAAGCCAUGGCGAGGCUUGAGACAUCUAGCCGUCGUCGUUACGCUCCUUCUCAUGAUCAUCUGUCUCCAAGCGACUGUAUCGGAAGAACUGCCGCCGGUGGUGAGCGUGGAGAGCUUCGUGCACGCCGCGGACCACGAUGGCGACGGCGAGAUCGGCCCUGAGGAGGCCCACCAGCUAUGGGCGCGUGUGCUGGAGGAGGAGAAGCGAUUCGAGGAGCAGGAAGCGGAGGCGUCGGGCGGGGAGCGCGAGCGCGAGACGGGUGAGAGCGAGACCGGCGGCGGCGAGUCGAGCAUGGCGGAUCUCAUGGCGGACCACCGCCUGGACAUGUCGUUCAGCUAUGGCGGCAGCAGCAUCUCCACCGCCGAGAUGAGCGAUCAUCUGAGUCACAUGCUGACAGGGGAGAAGGUGGUCGCGUGGAUCGUCCAUGGCCUACGGCUGCCCCAGUACGCGGAAGUCUUCAGGGCCAACUCAAUCGACGGCCUGGAUUUCCCCACGCUUAUAUCCGAUAACGGAACGUUUCUUAAAGAGGAUCUCGGGGUGAAAAGCGCGCUGCACCGGCAUAAAAUCCACACAGCAAUUUUCCGCCAGGUGUUCGGCUUAGGGAAGGCUCCUGGUGCUCCCACCAACCUAGAGUGCGAGUCUGCUGGGUGUGGCGCCAUUGCUGUUCAGUGGGACCCGCCAGCCAAUCCCGGCGUGCCACCUGUCCACAAGUACCUUAUCCAGAGACGCGUCGCAACGCGCGUGGCGUCGUGGAAGGACGUGGGGGACACGUCUGAAGACGCGUGGCUAGAUUCGGCAGGGUUAAAGCCAGGGACUGAGUACACGUAUCGGAUACAGGCGUGGGGCGGGCAUGGGCCUUCGGAGUGGGUGGUGCUUGAUCAUUGUAGAGCGUUAGCUACUGGCGCGGAUGGGGUUGCUUGCAUUAUGGGCGUGCAUCCGCCUCAGCAGCAGCACCACCACCAGCAUCAUCAGCAGCAUCACUCUUUGAAGCCUCCAGUUAUGGAGCCUCUUGGGAGACCCAUAGCAGCAGGAGCAGAGGGGCACAGCCACGCGCAUGCAUCAGAUAUAGUUGCCGUUACUGGAGCGGAGAAGGAGGAGGGUUGGGGUGGGUCGUGGCAGAAACGGUUGGAGUCGGUUGGGGGCACGGAGUACGUUCUAACUGCUUCAACCGUUCCAGGGCCAGGAGCAGUACCAGUGGAGGCAGUAGGAGGAGCGAGAGCAGGGGUAGACGGGCAGCAGGGCGGCAGGCACGGAGCGGUGGAGUCGGCAGAGCAAAGCGCGAAGGAGGUAGGGCAGGAGGCGGAGAGGCAGGGGGAAGCGGGUUCGUCUUCCCCCCUCUGGAGCUUCAUCUGGUCGGUCAAUGGCGGGAUUCUCGUGCUCGGGAUUUUCUCCCGCCAUAGCUUCUUCUUCCGUUUCGUCCUCGCAGCUGCCGCCUCCGCGCACCGCCUCCUCCGCCCCCUCGCCUCCGCGCUCUCCCCCUCCCCCGCCAGCCCCUUCCUCCUCGUCCGCGCCGCCGCGCGCGCCGUUCUGGGCUUCCGCGCGGCGUCUGCGCGCGUCUCUGCGCUACUGCACCGCGUGAUCACUGUGCUGGUAUCGCCUGGGGACGAUGAGGGCGGGGAGGAUUAUGAGAUAAGUCCGUUUUUCAGUGGCAGCAGAGCCGCAAGAAGGUGGUCUGACGGGUUGGGGGACCAGGCGGACGGGGGACUAGGAGCGGGUGAAGGAAAUGCGUUGGGGGAAGCGGGGGAGGCAGGGGGGCGGGGGGUUAGAGGGGGGUGGGGUGGCGGUGGGGGGGAGAGUUUGGCUGCAGGGGGAGGGAUGGGCGGAGGGCAGGGGAUGAGGCGUGUGGCUCGGAACAGGUCGUACGAUGAGCUUUCCGGGCGGCAGGAAGGGGAGGCGUCGUUUGGCAGUAGCGAAGGGGGAAUGCCGCGGAAUGGGCUGCUGGCUAGGGGCGGGCACGAGGGGGGAAGGGAGGCAGGCGGAAGGGCUUAUCGUGCGGGUGAGUGGGAAGGGGAGGAAGGGGAGGGAGGCGGGUGGGGGGAGAGCGGGCGGGUUCAGGAGGCGGCAUCAGAUGAGGAUACGGAAUCAAUGAAGUCUGUUAGCUUCAAGUACAGGUGCAACGCGGAAGGCUGCCGCGUGCGCUUUGAUCGCUGGUACACUCUUGACGGGCUUAGGCACAGCAUUCUGAAGCACUACUGUCGUGAGUGCCAGGGCGUGUACUGUGUUCGCCACACGCGCAUCUCCCCCCACUCCUCCCGCACCCAGUGCGGCCUCGACAGCCACUGCCUCUGCUUCUCCUGCUACGCGCGCCUCCCUGCGGAGCUCCAGCUUCGGGCCGAACGUAUCAACAAGCUUCGGGUGGGCCCGGUGGCUGGGAGUGGGAGCAGUGGCAGCGCCAGCUUAGGGAAUAGCUUCGGAGGCAGCGGAGGGGGCGGAGGGGGGCGGAACGCUGGGGGGAAGAACGGAGAGGGGGUUUCAAAUGGCAGUGGCAAUAGCAACAGUUUUAGCAGUUCGGGUAAUGGCAGCAGUGGGAAUGGCAGCAGUGCUCGUGCUAGUGGCAAUGGGGAUGGAGGGAAAGGAGUGGGAGGGAAGAUUUCCCCUUCUAGCAGUUGGAUGACUUUGUUGGGGCGCCGCAAUAAUGACAAGCGCGGUGGGAUGGACAAGGGCGGCAGGGAGAGGCAUGUGGGUGGGUCGUUGGUGGAGAGUGCGAGCACGUCGGGCUCGGAGGAGUCUCAAGGCACAGGUGCAGGCGGAGGGGUGGCAGGGGCAGCAGGAGGGGCAGGAGGGACAGGGAGAACAGCGGAGGCAGGGGAAGCAGUGUCUGGUUCUGGCUUAGCAGCGGCAGCAGAAGCAGCAGGGGAGGAGCAGGAUACUGACAUGGUAGAGUUGUCACUGGCAGGAGGUGAGGCAGCACUUACCCUGACCUCUCCCCGACCUCUUACCCAGACAGGGAGCCUUAAAGAGAGGAGGAGAGGGGUGGGCGGGAUCGCAGGGGGAGGGAUGGUUAUGAAAAAAUCGCUUUCAUUGGCUGCUGGUGGGGGAGGGGUCAAUGGGGCUGGUGCUGACAGGACCAUGCAGGGAGAUAAGUGGAGGAAGGAUAGCUUGCAGCAGCAGCAGCAGCAGCAGCAGCAAGAGCAGCAGAUACAGCUGCAACAACAGCAACAACAAGAGCUGAAGCAGGAGCAGCAGCAGGCCCCAGCGCUGUUCUUUGUGGGCUCUGCAGCAGACCUCCUGCCCGCUGCCUCUCCCACCUCUCCAGACCCUUCCAAUGGCAGCAGCAGGGCCACAAGCGAACCAGACAUGGGGGCUCCUAUCAAAAGACCUGGGGCAGCUUCCGGUGUAGCUGAUAUAGGGACUAGCCUGCAGGAGAGCCAGGAUUUUAGGUCUGGGAGCAGCACGCUACCAAACACACAUGGUGAAGCACUGGCAUGCCGGACUGGAAAAGGCCCCUUGCCCCGGUCUGCUGUGUCUGACCCUACAGGAUCUUGCUUGACGUCUGCUCCUCGUCCUGCUUGUAGUCUGGAGGCAAUACCCUCUUGCAGUGAGUCGGUAACAGAAGCAGGAGAAUCAACAGGAAAUGCUGGUGGAGUCGCAGCAGCGGGUGCUAGAUCUGUCAAGUUGGAAGCAGCUGGUUCACCGGGGGAGGGAGGAGGGAAGCAAGGCGAGGCCAAUGGAAACAGUGGUAUCGACUGGGGGCGACUAGAACGCUGCCCCAGCCACCUCUCCCGCUCCCGCUCCUCCCGCUCCGCGGAUGAGGUGAAGCGGUCCCCAUCUCCUUUCUCCAAGGCGCUGUCUCCUUAUAACGAGUUGCCUUCUGAAGGGGUGCAGAUGGGGAGCCGAGGACGGGGAGGUGGGACAGGGGGGGGGAGUAACUGGUUCUGGUGGUACCGGCAUGGGGGGCAUAGGCAUGGGCAUGGGCACGGGCACAGUCAUAGGGAGGAGCUGAAAGGGUCUAUGUCUCCAGCUCUUGCCUUCUCAGGGAUGUUCACUAGUAAACGGAAGUUGAAGGAAGGUGGGGGUAAGAGCACAUUGGGUUCGGACAGAGGGAGGGGGGAAGGAGAGAGAGGGGGACAGGAUGGAGAGGCUGAGGGGAGUGGUGGGUCAAGAGGAGAGGGGAUAGAGCGAAGGCAUACGGUGGAGGCUGGGGAGGUUAUGGGGUGGAGAGUGGUGGAAAGUGAAUCAAGAAGAGGUAGGUACUUUGCUUCUUCGCCUGCACAGUUGUUGCCACAGGGUAAAUCACCCUCACCGCCAUCACCCACACUUCAAUAUGCUGCUUACAGUGGCUCUGAGAGUGAAAGAAACUGGAAGAACCAGGGAAGCAGAUCGGAAGGGAAGUUGGGUAAGGCUGGACCUAGAGAAAGCAUCCCCGAGCAAGAAGAGGAGCAGCAGUUUGUGUUGCUCGGUGGAAGAGCGCAAGGGGAGAAGGAGAAGAGUGGUAAACAUUCUCAAGGGAGGUUUGCUCUUCCAAAGAAGAAGAGCCUUCUUCACAGGUCCUGGGAUGCAAGUAGCAAGACAGAAAACAAGCAGACGUAA